AUGUCUCCUCUGUGGCUGAAAAAGCCGGCAACAGCUCUCAAGUCUUCCUUGGGCUUCAUUAUUUUCCUAAUUUUUGACUUUCUUGACGCCAUCCCCUGUAUAAUGUUCCGAUAUAUUGACCUUUUUGAAGGGCGGCCCGGCUCUUGUUAUUGUGGAGGCAACGAAAUAGCGGAGCAGGUCAGGAAUGUGGUUGGUGAUGAAGAAGAUAACCAGCUUUCAGAUACUCUAUACCGGAGGAAAAACGUUUUCAGGGAAUUGGGUAUUGUUGGACUUGCAAAACGUUCCCUCGAAACAAGUGGCGGCAGAGUUGGCAGGUGGUCCGACUGUGGAUGUCAUUGUGUUUCAUGGCUGAAAGAUACUGAUCACAACUUACAUCUUGUUGUUAGGCACCUAGGCUCUGUCUCUGAGGAUUGCGGAGUACAAGCAGUCGAGAAUGUGAUAUUCCUUCACCGGUUUCUUUCUUCUUCCUCAUUUUGGUCUGAAACAGUAUUUCCAAACAUUUCGGAACCUGUGAGUCGGCAUUAUAGGUUGUUUGCCAUAGAUCUAUUGGGAUUUGGUUCCAGCCCGAAGCCGAGGGAGUGUUUGUAUACUUUGAAGGAUCACUUAAAUAUGAUUGAGAAAUCUGUCAUCUCCCCCUUCCAGUUGAUUUCUUUCCAUUUGGUUGCACACUCCAUGGGUUGUCUGAUUGCAAUUGCAUUAGCUGCUAAGCACUCGCACUUGGUAAAAUCAGUCACUCUUGUAGCACCUCCUUACUUACCUUCUAAAGAUGGAGUUAGUUUAAGAGUGCUUCACAAACUUGCUGAAAGGAAAUUGUGGUCACUUUUCGUCUUUGGAACAUCAUUUAUGUCAUGGUAUGAGCAUCUGGGUCGAUGUGUCUGUUUCCUUGUAUGCCGCAACCACAGGAUAUGGGAGAGGAUUGUUAAGUUAAUCACUUGGAGAAGGGAUCUUCAUUUUAUGACAAUGGACUUGAGUAGGCACACCCAUCACUCAGCAUGGCAUUCCAUGCACAAUGUGAUAUGUGGGGGUGCAAAAUUAAUGGAAUGCUACUUGGAAAUUAUAGGCAAAGCUGGGGUAAAAGUAUGUGUGAUCCAUGGAGAUAGAGACCAGGUUGUUCCUAUAGAGUGCAUCAUCAACAUUCAGACGGCAGUUCGUGAUGCACAAAUUAACAUCAUAAAAAAUACUGAUCAUUCUUCUGUAAUCCUUGGCCGUGAUAAAGAUUUCACUCUCCAUCUAGAACGCGUUUGGGCCGCUUCCUCAUACUGA